GUGUGAAAGCUCCGAGCGGAAGAAGACGAGAUGGAGAAGCCAAAACGGUAAAGAAAUCCCUAAAAACCCGAACUUUGCCGUAGAUUUUCCCUCCUCAUGCGGAGGCGAUGGGAUCGUUGGUCUCCUGCUUCUCUGCCGCGGAGGAGACCAAACGGCCGCCUCCGCCCCACCGGCGCUCGGUCUUGAACGCCCCGCCGAAGGCGGCCCGGGGCCUCGGUUCGAGCGAGCGGUGGAGUAAGGGGCGGGCAGGGAGGAAGGAGCGGGCCGAGGAGGCCAUGAUUCACGAGCAGGCGGCGGCGGCGGCGGAGGCGGCGCCGGCGCUGCUCGCCCCGCAGAACGGCGGGGUUCUGCCAUUUGACCGGUCGUCAUCGCUGCGGUAUCCAGGCCAUGGGCAGAAGAAGCAGGCGCUUCCGAGGAGCUCCAGCUCGCGGGCAAGGUCUUUCACUGACCAGGUCGUCCAGCCCCAGCAGCUCGUCAAUCAGGAUCUGAAGAUUGACAAUUUGGAGACCAACCAUUUUGUUCUUGUUCAUGGAGGUGGUUUUGGUGCUUGGUGCUGGUACAAAACUAUAGCACUUUUGGAAGACUCUGGGUUUAAAGUCAAUGCUAUAGAUCUCACAGGUUCUGGAAUCCAUUCUUUUGAUACAAACAAAAUCACAACUCUUCCUGAAUAUGUACAGCCGCUUACUAGUUUUCUUGAAUCACUAGGCGAUGGAGAGAAGGUGAUUUUGGUGGGACAUGAUUUUGGUGGUGCUUGUAUAUCAUAUGCUAUGGAAAUGUUUCCUUCUAAGAUUGCUAAAGCUGUUUUCCUCUGUGCUGCCAUGCUGACAAGUGGGCAGAGUACUCUUGAUAUGUUCUCACAACAGGCAGAUACAAACGAUCUAAUGCAGCAGGCUCAAAUUUUUGUAUAUGCAAAUGGAAAUGACCACCCCCCUACAGCUAUUGAUCUCAACAAGUCGUCAUUGAAAGAAUUGCUGUUUAAUCAAAGUCCUGCCAAGGAUGUCGCCUUAGCUUUAGUUUCCAUGAGGCCUAUUCCAUUUGCUCCAGUGCUGGAGAAACUCUCACUCACAGACAAGAACUAUGGCUCAGUGAGGAGAUUCUACAUAGAGACCACUGAGGACAAUGCCUUACUCAUCUCUCUCCAGCAGAACAUGUGCAGCUCCAAUCCCCCCGAGAGGAUUUUUAGGCUAAAGGGUGCCGAUCAUUCCCCCUUCUUCUCGAAGCCCCAAGCUCUAAACAAGCUCUUGAUUGAGAUAUCAAAGAUCACCUCACCUGAGGCCCAGUGAGCUACUUGUGGUCCAACAUUCUUCCAUGCAAGGUGGGGUUUGUAUGUAAAAUUGAGCAUAUGCAGUUGACCUGAUAAUUUCUUGGUACGCAUACAAAAGGGUGUGGCAUCAAUCUGUCCAGCAACUGCGUUUCUAGAAUGGUGGUUCUUAUCACCUGCUGACUCCUAGGAAAGUAGGUUCUUUUGGCCAUUCCAUUAGAUCUUGUUUCUCUUCCAAGAUUUGAUGAUUCACAGGUAUAUGUAUGUGAGAACCACUCCCUUUGGACCUGGUUCGCACUGAAGCCGGCAUCCCUCGCCGACUUCAUUAAAAACCGAAAAAAAAAUCAUAGGGAAGGGGGGAGACGAAGCGAUAUUUGACUAGAAUAAGGGAACCUUGUUUCAAGUUGAUCUAUGACCGAUG